AUGAUGUCCUACGGAGAGAGGCUGGAGAGCCGGGCUGUCUCCCCACUCCCAGUCUGUGGGGGGCACAUGACGUGUGGGGCGGCGUUUGCCUAUGUGCCCAGCCCACAGGUCCUGCACAGGAUUCCAGGGACCUCAGCCUAUGCCUUCCCCAGCCUGGGCCCCAUGGCCCUCGCCGAGCAAGGCUGCCCCUACGGAGAGGUUCUGGAGCACCAUGACCCGCUGCCUGCCAAGCUGGCCCAGGAGGAUGAGCAGAAGCCAGAGCCUGGGUUGGCCCAGAAGCUGUGCCGGGCUGGCUUGACGCUCCUCAAGGUACCACUGAUGCUCGUCUUCCUCUACCUCUUCGUCUGCUCCCUGGACGUGCUCAGCUCAGCCUUCCAGCUGGCCGGAGGGAAGGUGGCUGGCGACAUCUUCAAGGACAAUGCCAUCCUGUCCAACCCGGUGGCGGCGCUGGUGGUGGGGAUCCUCGUGACCGUGCUGGUGCAGAGCUCCAGCACCUCCACAUCCAUCGUGGUCAGCAUGGUCUCCUCCGGCUUGCUGGAGGUAAGCUCUGCCAUCCCCAUCAUCAUGGGCUCCAACAUCGGCACCUCCGUCACCAACACCAUCGUGGCCCUGAUGCAGGCGGGGGACAGGACUGACUUCCGGCGGGCUUUCGCGGGGGCCACAGUGCACGACUGCUUUAACUGGCUGUCAGUUCUGGUCCUGCUACCCCUGGAGGCUGCCACCGGGUACCUGCACCACAUCACUCGACUUGUGGUGGCCUCCUUCAACAUCCGCGGCGGCCACGAUGCCCCUGACCUGCUCAAGAUCAUCACAGAGCCCUUCACUAAGCUCAUCAUUCAGCUGGACAAGUCCGUGAUUACCAGCAUUGCCACGGGGGAUGAGUCCCUGAGAAAUCACAGUCUCAUCCGGAUCUGGUGCCACCCAAACCCCAUGGAGGUUCCCUCCCGCAGGCCCAGGGCAGAGGCCAGUACCAGCCAGAUGCUCGGAAAUGCCACCAUGGAGAAAUGCAGCCACAUUUUCGUGGACACAGGCCUGCCUGACCUGGCUGUGGGGCUUAUUCUGCUGGCUGGCUCCCUGGUGCUCCUGUGCACCUGCCUCAUCCUCCUCGUCAAGAUGCUCAACUCUCUGCUCAAGGGCCAGGUGGCCAAGGUCAUUCAGAUGAUUAUCAACACUGACUUUCCCACCCCCUUCACCUGGGCCACAGGCUACUUUGCCAUGGUGGUGGGCGCUGGCAUGACCUUCGUUGUCCAAAGCAGUUCUGUAUUCACCUCGGCCAUCACCCCACUCAUCGGCCUGGGUGUGAUCAGCCUUGAGCGCGCCUACCCACUCACACUGGGCGCCAACAUCGGCACCACCACCACGGCCAUCCUGGCUGCACUGGCCAGCCCCCGGGAGAAGCUGUCCAGUGCUUUCCAGAUUGCCCUCUGCCACUUCUUCUUCAACAUCUCAGGCAUCCUGCUGUGGUACCCAGUGCCCUGCACGCGCCUGCCCAUCCGCAUGGCCAAGGCGUUGGGCAAACGCACUGCGAAGUACCGCUGGUUCGCCGUCCUCUACCUCCUCCUGUGCUUCCUGCUGCUGCCGUCGCUGGUGUUUGGCAUCUCCAUGGCAGGCUGGCAGGCCAUGGUAGGUGUGGGCACACCCUUUGGGGCCCUGCUGGCCUUCGUGGUACUUGUCAGCAUGCUGCAGAGUCGCAGCCCCGGGCGCCUGCCCAAGUGGCUGCAGACAUGGGACUUCCUGCCCCACUGGAUGCACUCCCUGCAGCCCCUGGACCACCUCAUCACCCGCGCUACCUUGUGCUGUGCCAGGCCCGAGCCCCGCUCACCCCCGCUGCCUGCCAGGGUCUUCCUGGAGGAGCUGCCCCCUGCCACACCCUCCCCCCGCCUCGCGAUGCCCAAUCACCACAACGCCACCCGUCUCUAG